GCUAGCCUUGCUGCAGGCUUUAUUUAGGGAAAUAUGGCUGCUGUGCUCCCCAUCAGACCGCCCUGCGACAGCAAUCCCGCUACUCCUGGAGCACAAUCCCUUCAGGAGGAUGUAAUUGAAGAGGAGUCCAAUGAUGGCAGCCACAUUCCCAAAAGAAGGAGAAUGUGUUCAGGAGACAGCUCUCGAAGCUGUGACACCUCCAGUCAAGACUAUGAAUCCCUGUUGUCUCUCAACCCGCCUGCCAGCCCGACCUAUUUCCCAGCAGAGAACCUCACGGAGUACAAGUGGCCUCCAGAUGACACCGGAGAGUAUUACAUGCUGCAGGAGCAGGUCAGCGAGUAUCUGGGAGUCACAUCCUUCAAGAGGAAGUACCCCGAUAUGGAGAGAAGAGACUUGUCCCACAAAGAGAAGCUUCACCUGCGUGAACAGAAUGUCAUUACUGAAACGCAGUGCACUCUGGGUCUGACAGCUCUGCGGAGUGACGAGGUGAUAGAUCUGAUGAUAAAAGAGUAUCCCAUCAAACACUCUGAGUAUUCGGUCAUCCUGCAGGAGAAGGAGCGGCAGAGAAUAUCUAAAGAGUACUCUCAAAUGCAGCAGCAGCAGAACCCUCAGAAGGUGGAGGCCAGCAAGGUCCCCGAGUACAUUAAGAAGGCGGCUAAAAAAGCGGCAGAGUUCAAUAGUAACUUCAACAGGGAGCGUAUGGAAGAGAGGAGAGCGUACUUUGACCUGCAGACGCAUACUAUCCAGGUGCCCCAGGGCCGGUUCAAGGUGCUGGCUCCAGAGAUGACGAAGACGGGGCCUUACCCGGUGGCUCUCAUCCCGGGACAGUUCCAAGACUACUACAAAAGGUACUCUCCCAAUGAGCUGCGGUACUUGCCGUUAAACACGGCUCUGUUUGAGCCCCCGCUGGAUCCAGAGCUCCCCGCGCUGGACUCUGAACCCGACUCGGACGACCCCGAGGAUGGCAAGGGUGACAAAAAGAUCAAGAACUCUUCUAACAGUUCUUCCGGCAACACGUCGGACGUGGAGAGCCAAGAGGGAGCGGGGAAACCGGGCCCCAAGUCCAAAGCCAAAGACAAGACGUCCACGCCGGGAAAAGACAGCAGCCAGCCCCAUUCUGCAUCCCACAAAGCCAUCCCCGGGUACAAGCCUAAGGUCAUUCCCAAUGCUAUUUGUGGCAUUUGCCAGAAGGGCAAAGAGGCCAACAAGAGGGGCCGGCCAGAGGCUCUCAUUCACUGCUCCCAAUGUGAUAACAGCGGCCACCCGUCCUGCUUGGACAUGAGCAAGGACCUGGUGGGCGUGAUCCAGACGUACCGAUGGCAGUGUAUGGAGUGUAAGACGUGCACCGUGUGUCAGCAGCCCCACCACGAGGACGAGAUGAUGUUCUGCGACAAGUGUGACCGGGGGUACCACACGUUCUGCGUGGGCAUGGACUCCAUACCUACUGGCCUUUGGGUAUGUGAGGUUUGCGACAAAGAUUUCACCACACCCAUGAAGAAAGGAGGAGCGAAGACACCCAAAAAGUCCAAAUCGGCUCAAAAAUUAUGAACGCCAUCAAUAACCACCUUAACGUGACCAGAUUCAACACAAAUGCACAUUAUUGCAUUUGUUCAAUCACUUGCAGAAGCUAUACAUUUAAAAUAUACAAAAUACCAACAAUUGAAACACAAGAUCUUACCUGCUGCUAGUCUUUGUUGAUUGACAGGUCUAAAUACACAGGUUAACACGAGUGAACACGUUUAUUUAAGUUUUUUUUCCUGAGAGCUUGGAUGACAUCAGCAAGGCAGGCCUAUCAUUUGAAUCACAAUCACACUGAAUUUACUUGCCAUCUCCAAAUCAAACUUUUAAUAUUGUAUGCGAUACCUCAAAUGGACAUGCUCAAUGUUAUCCACAUUAUACAUUCACUGUAGCAGAGCAACCCUUGUUUUGUAAUGGUAGACAUUGACCUGGUACAAUGUGGCUUAACAUUUUUUUAUAUAUUAUUUUGUAUUGUCCCUCAGUAAUAUUUUAAAACAUAUUUGUUCGUAUUAAUGUCAUAGUCACUGAAUUGUGUUUUUACAUUUUUUUAUUUGUUUUCUUUUAAUAAAAGCUAAUUGGAAAAUA